AUGGAGGAUCUUCACUGUUUCAGACCGUAAAAAAUGUUAAUUUCUGCAAAAAAUUAAAGAAACACUUCACAUUUAACCUUUAAAACAACAAAAAAUGCCAGGUUGCUGUGGGUGCUGGGAGGUCCUUAGACCACCAAGAUACAAGCGUUUGGUUGAUAGCAUCUUCCCUGCAAACCCACAGGAUGGCUUGGUGAAAAACAAUAUGGACAAAUUGAUAUUUUAUGCCAUGACUACAUCUGAAAAGUUGGACAGGAUUGGAAUGUAUUUGGAACAGAAGCUUAGUAGAAGCAUCAACAGGCAUAGGAUUGGAUUUGUUUUUGUGGCUAUGGAUGCCCUUGAUCAGCUCUUGGUGGCUUGUCAUGCUCACUCUCUGAAUCUGUUUGUGGAGAGUUUUCUGAAGAUGGUGCAGAAACUGUUAGAAUGUGAAGAGCCUGAGCUUCAAAUCCUGGCUACCCAAUCGUUUAUAAAGUUUGCUAACAUUGAAGAAGAUACUCCAUCUUAUCACAGAAGAUAUGACUUCUUUGUGUCCAAGUUCAGUGCCAUGAGCCACAAUAAUGAUAGAGAUGAAGUUAUUAGGGCAAAGUUUAGAGGUGCUGGACUUUUGGGUUUACAGGGAGUGGUCAGAAAGACAGUCAGUGAUGACCUACAGGUCAAUAUCUGGGAUCCAGUACAUAUGGACAAAAUUGUUCCAUCACUUUUGUACAACAUGCAUACACCUGAGUUUAUGUCGGUAAACUUAGAAAGCCCAAGAGAUGAAGAACACCCUACAUACAUUGCUGAAAUGGUGUUCAGAGAUCUUGUGUGCAGGGCUUCCUAUGGGAAUGUCAAAUCUGUCCUACAGCCUGUCCUACGUCAUAUUGACAAUCAUGAAUUGUGGGUGCCAAACGAUUUUGCUGUGAAGUGUUUCAAGAUAAUAAUGUACUCCGUACAGAUCCAGCGGGAACAACAGUAUGGUUACCUGGUUAUCCAGAUGUUAAUGUCACACCUUGACACACAUACAAACAGUGACCCCAGCAUCAAAGCCAGUAUUAUAGAGGUUCUGUAUGAGUCUGUUCUUAUCUCCGCUGGAGGAUCUAUAGGGCCUUCUGUACUGGAUGUGUUUAACACUCUUCUGAGACACCUGAAAACAUCUGUGGACAAUAAAAGUUCUGACAGCAAGAAAAGAGCAAUGGAGGAAAAGUUUGAAGAGGCCAUCAUUAGUACUAUAGGUGAAUUUGCCAACAAUUUACCAGAUUACCAGAAGAUAGAAAUUAUGAUGUUUAUCAUGGGAAAAUUCCCCCAGUUUGGUCAAAAUGAUGAGAUGGGAUCUUCUGUGGACAACUACCUACAAACCAUGCUUCUUAAAACUUUACUUAAGGUUGCCACUAAAUACAAGACUGUGAUAAUGAACAAUGCAUUUCCUCCCGAGUUCCUUCAGCCAUUAUUAAGAAUCUCUCUGUUAGAGGAGCCUGGAUUACGAGUCGUGGUGCAGGAGAUAUUACACACUCUGUUAGACAGACAUGAUAAUGCAAAGAAACUCAGAAAAGUCUGUAUUCCUAAAGAUGUUGUCGCAGAGCUGGACUUGACUGUGGAUAAAGUUCCAAGGCAGGACAGUUUAUUCAUGAAGAAGAAUGGAAUACAGUUUUAUUGGCAUAUCUUAGAGAAUUUACAGAUGGAAUCCAACAGAGUAGCUAAUUUUGAAGCCAUUUACUGCACAAUGUGUCUCAUAUCUAUUGAGAUGGGAGGGGAUGACAUUUUAGUAGAGCUUAUUAGAUUAGCUCUUGAUAUUCAGCAAACGACCUUGGAAUCCAAUCUACCCAGUACUCACAAAUGUUGUAAUCAUGCUAUUGUGGCUGCCUACCUCAACAUAGUGGCACAUAUCACCAACAUGUCACCAUUAGUACAGUACCUGUCAGAUUUGGUAGAGGUGAGGAAGAAGGAAGCCAGUCACUUACUGCCAGAUUUUGCUUUCAACAGAGCCAAUAGACCCACAAGAAAUGAAGACGACGACUAUCCUACAAAUGACAAGGUCGAGGAGAGAUGGUUGUUGGAUCAAACAACAUUACAGGAAAUCCUAACAGAUUGUGGUCACGAUGCCUCCCGUCUUAGCUCGCCCCUCGCUCUUAGACCCCACAGCUCCAUGGGUGCUGUGAUACAUGACUCUGCCAUGGCCAGCAGUAUAAGUGACCUAGGUUCCAUUAAUAUAGAACUUGACAGCCUUGAGAACUCGCCAUUGCUAGCUCGUAAAAAGGUUGAAGAGAUAACAGUUGAAUCAUUAAAGAAGAUGUUAGCUGAAGACCCAUCUCAGAAAAGGGAAGAAGAGGCCAAGAAAAGACAGGAAAUAUUUGAAACAUUCCAGAAUGCACCCUUUGAGGAAAUUGUAGCUAGAGCUGAAGCCAAGUCAAAUCACUUCCAUGAAAAGUUGUACGAGAUUUUGGAGAUGACUCCACCAGAAAGUCCAGACCACGUGAAGGGAAACCAGAAUGCUGUGCCUGUGUUUGAAAUGCAGUUCCCUAGUCUCUAUGUCUACUAAAUCACUUCAGUCAAAACUUCUUUUUUUAUUUAAAUGAACUUAUACAGCAUUAUAUAUUUAGUUAACAGUCAGAGAUUUUCAAUUGUCAUUUACAAGCAAACAUUGAUCCACUGAUGAAGUUAAUGAAGUAAACCUUGUGGUAUUGUUUGGAGAUGAAGAAAAUUUUAAUCCAUUUCAGUAUUGUUCUCACAUGUAUUUUUUUUUUUUUAAAUUUUUAUCUAGGAUUUAUUGGAAUUAUUCAAUGGAUAAUUUAAAUUGAUGUUUUGUGCAAUAAUAGUCAUUCACCUAAUAGGAUAUUGUUAUUAUAAUGUCCCUGUAUUUUAUUUAUUUUAUGAAGAAUUAAUAAUGGAAAAAUGUCA